UUCGAAGUUUAAAAAAUUCAUCCAAUAUUUAGUUAUCUCAUACAACUCUUCAUUAUUUAAACAAAAAAUUGCAAACCUGUUGAAAAGGAACGUGACUUUAAUUUACAUAUCAGUCACUUAACCAAUAUAAUAAAUUUACUUUCAAGUAUCUGUUCUAGUAACAAAUAUUAGGAAAACCUCUAUAAACCAUUAAGCGUUAAUAUUGCUCUAUUUCCCGCCAUUAUUCGGAAAAACAAACCACCAAAUUUCCAGACCAACUGAAGCUCAUUGCCAUAACUUCUUGGGCAGGCCAAAAGAAAAUUCCCACCAAAAACGCUGCUCAACUAGUUUAUUUCCUUACACCAUGAAUGGCAAAUAUGUAUAGAAGCUUGGUAGCAGAAAGGAUGAUAAUGAACGCUUCCAUUGUACUCUAGAAAUACAAGUGAAUGUGCAAGUUAAAGGCUCGUAUGUAAAUUGCUUCUUGGUUGCUGAAUGAAUGAAGAGUAAGUUUGCACUUUGUACUUACCAGUCUACUAUUCUUGAUGUGCAAUUUAAUUUCUUUGGUGGCAAACCUACGCAAACAUAUUGCAUUUACACGAAUAACAUAUAAUAUUGUGACUUCAUAUAUAAAUCAAACAGACAUAUUGCAUUUACACGAAGAACAUAUAAUAUUGUUACUACUUACUACAUAUGUAAAUCAAACAGGAGAUAAAGAUGGAUGAGUAAUUACCCCAGGGCAAGGACAGUGUGAGCCCAGGCAACGGUGGCAGCAGAAACGGCUGCUGGCAAGGUAUCGUUACUCCACAAACAAACAUGGUUUAAUCCAGAGAUGAGUGAUGCAAAACCAACACACCCCGCUAUUAAACCAAAUACUAGAAACAAUCCAGUUGCAGUAUUUUCUUCAGGAUAAUAAUUACGCGAUAAUUGAGAUGAAAGAUCAAAUCCUUGACUGAUAGAUUUAUUCAUCUCCCAGCCACCAAUUCCUAGGAUUAUAACAUACAUACACAAGUUUAGGACUAGAAGAACUGAUGCAACCACCUUCAUUUUUCGGAACAAAGAAACGGGGAUCGAAGCAUGUUAGUUGUGAUGUGGAGUACUUUUUUAAGUCUUAAAGGCUCAUCCCACAUGAUCUUUUUGGUUCUUUUCUUGCCAGGGAUGUCUGCUUCAACUCUGCAAGAGCAUGGCAUAGGCCAGUUAAACUCCAAAAGGGGGCUUCUUUCACGUUAAAACAAGUGUUUUCUUACCACAUUAUAUAUAUUUCAAUAUCUGAAACCAACAAGUCUAAGACAACAUUGUUUAAUAUAAAUACUCUCUUCACCUAACAAAUAUUAGGAAAAACACUGUUCUUAUUAGGUACUCCUGUACAGUUAAAACCGUCGAUGGUGCUACUCUGAUCAGUGAUCAUAAUUCAUAAACAUAUUAUCAUGCUCCUGUUUCCCGCCAUUAUUCGAAAAGUCAAACCCCUAAUUUUUUUGACUUUUUCAGAACUUAUCAAAUGUAUAGCAAAUCACUCUCAUUACAGUACUUGUAAUUACAACUCACUGUUCCAUGAUCAUCUAAAUAACAACAAACUAGACAAAGCCCUUUCAGUUUUCGAUAAGAUCCCUUCUCCAAAUGUGUAUAUAUGCACCAAGAUGAUUUCCGGAUUUAUCGAAAAUGGUAGACUUAGUGAGGCCGUUAACCUGUUUGAUAAAAUGUCUGUUCGGGAUACAGUAAUGUGGAACCUGAUGAUUAAAGGGUGUUUAGAUUAUGGGGAUUUGAAUAUGGGUUUGGAGCUGUUCGAUGCAAUGCCUGAAAGGAAUGUGAUUUCUUGGACGACGAUGUUGAAUGGGUUUUUGCGGGUUGGGAGAGUUGAAUUGGCUGAGAAGAUGUUCCGGGAAAUGCCCAUGAGGGAUAUGGCCGCUUGGAAUUCUAUGAUUCAUGGCUAUUUUAGUAAUGGGAGAGUCGAGGAUGGUAUGAGGUUGUUUGAGGAGAUGCCAUGCAUUAACGUGAUUUCUUGGACUUCGGUGAUCAGUGGGCUUGAUCAGCAUGGGAUGAGUGAUAAGGCUUUGUGUCUCUUUUGCGAGAUGAUGGGUUCCGGUGUAAAACCUACUGCAAACACGUUUUCUUGUGUGGUGACAGCUUGUGCAAAUGCAAUUGAUUUAUGUUUUGGUGGUCAGGUUCAUGGCCAUGUUGUCAAGCUUGGUUUUGGUUCUGAUGUUUAUGUUACUGCUUCACUAAUCACAUUUUAUGCAAACUGCAAACGAAUAGAUGAUUCGUGCAAGGUUUUUGACGAGAAGUUACAUGUAAAUGUGGUAGUGUGGACAGCUCUAUUGACAGGAUAUAGUGUAAAUGGCAAGCAUCAUAUUGUAUUGAAGGUCUUCGGUGACAUGUUGUCAAUGAGGGCUCUCCCAAAUCAAUCUUCUUUUACCAGUGCCUUAAAUUCAUGUAGUGAAUUAGAAGCAUCUGAUCGAGGAAAAGAGAUUCAUUCGAUGGCAAUUGUGUUAGGGCUUGUCACUGAUGCUUUUGUGGGUAAUUCCCUUGUAGUGUUAUAUUCUAGAUGUGGGGAUAUAUAUGCUGCACUGUCCAUAUUCAAAGAUAUUCAGGAGAAAAACCUUGUUUCAUGGAACACAAGUAUUGUCGGAUGUGCACAACAUGGUUGUGGCAUGGGAGCACUGACCUUGUUCAGUGGACUAUUGCGGUCUGGGGUUGACUCAGACAGUAUCACAGUCACUGGACUACUUUCUGCUUGUAGUCAUUCCGGGAUGUUAGAAAAAGGAAGGCGCUUGUACAAAUACUUUUUCCACUGCAGAUCCACAGAGAUAAAGCUUGAGCAUUAUGCCUGCAUGGUGGAUAUUUUGGGCCGCAGUGGUAAGUUGGAGGAAGCAGAGGAGUUGAUUAAUAGUAUGAAAAUCAAACCAAUUCUGUCCAUAUGGCUUUCUUUGCUUAAUGGGUGCAGAAUGCAUUCUAACUUAGAAGUAGCGGAAAGGACAGCUGAAAACAUCUUUAAUCUAGACCCAAAUUGUAGUGCCGCGUACAUUCUGCUAUCCAAUCUAUACGCUUUUGCUGGUAGAUGGAGUGACGCUGCAAGAGUAAGAGGGAACAUGAAAACAAUGGGAAUUGUCAAACAGACUGGAAGUAGUUGGAUAACUCUAAAAGGAUUGAAGCAUACUUUUCUAUCUGGGGACAGAUCACAUCCAUUAUGCGAGAAAAUAUACCAAAAACUUGAUUGGUUGGGAGAAAAGUUGAAGGAAUUUGGUUAUGUCCCAGAUCAAAGAUUUGCUUUGCACGAUGUUGAGGAAGAACAGAAGGAAGCAAUGUUGUCUUAUCAUAGUGAGAGGCUUGCUAUAGGUUUUGCACUGAUUUGCACAGUGGAUGGCACUACAGUGACAGUGAUGAAAAAUCUUCGUGUAUGUGGGGAUUGCCAUUCUGCUAUUAAGUUGAUAUCAAAGAUAGUUAAGCGUGAGAUUAUCUUAAGAGAUUCAACUCGUUUUCAUCAUUUCAAGGACGGUGUUUGUUCUUGUGGGGAUUACUGGUAGCACAAAAUUAUGGAUCACCUAAACAUCAUAAUUAAUAAUCUGCUGUUGCAAUCACGAAUCGCACAAAAGUCUUGUCCAAAUUACAAGGUCAAGAAAGUAGAACAUUAUGCACUUCUAAAGUAAAACUUGACAUGUUGGAGAGACAUGGAGUCUAUCGUAUCAGCAAGUCUGGUUUGGACGAUAUAUAUGUAAUCUACCUGCAUUGCAUUUGUUUGUUUUCAAGAAGCUAAAGCUACUUCUAGAUUCUGUUUUUUUGACUCGUUUGUCUAAAUAAGUAGAAAACUUUUAAGAAGUUGAGAAUGUUAACUUC